AUGUUUAGAGCAAGAGUACUCAGUGACCAUUCAUCGCAGCCCACUUCGCCUGAAGCAGGAGCAGCGAAAAGCGACGCGAUGCCUUCGCUUGCAAACAAAAAUGCCUCGGACGAUGCCUGUCUCAGUCUCUUCUACCCAUUUGUUCCGUACGCUGUGCAGCGACAGGCGUUUGCGCACAUUGACAAGGCCCUGAACAGCAGCGACAGCCGGGGCGGCAAAAAUGCUGCCAGCGCGGGGGACAGUGACGUCGACAGCAGCGCAGGCGCGGAUGAAAACACAACUACCAAGAAAAGCGCCGGCGAGGUUGUUUUCUUGAAGCAGGGAACGGCGUAGCACAUUUAAAAACGGCAGCGCCCCGAAUUCGCGGCGCCCUCGAGAAAAAAGAACUGUAGCCGGCCCCCGUAGGGCAGCGCUUGCUAUCCCAUUUUCGCCCGGGCAUUGCAGAAACAGAGGCCACAGCGAUAUUGAGUAAACGUGGGCGCGUUGUGCUUGUGGGCCCUGUGCUUGUGGACCGGUACUGGCGGAUCGCGUGCGCCCUGUUGGGAGUGCGGGCGACCGAUGUCGUGCACGCAGCCCCGCUGCCGCGUUCUAGCGGGCGGCCCGAGAGAGGGAGCCGGCCGAGCGCAGCCCCUGCCGGCCCUCUGCCCGGCGAUUCGCUUCCUUUUAUGGGGCCCCAUUUCUCUUGGUCCCGUUUUAUGUAUGGUUUGCGGGCUGGAGAUACAGUGCCCGCCGCUGAUCCCAUACUCGGUCUCCGGCACGCAGAGUCCGGAGCAAGGCAUGCAGCCUCCCGGGCGCGACGGUCGGCCGGGUGGCAGCGCCGCGGGCGCGACCUGGGUGGGCGGAGCCAAGGUUCCGGCGCCCGCUCUGCGGCGCUUGCCAGAGCGGGGGCGGUGGUUGUUGCUCCGCCGGCGUUUUCUGCUUUUGCCUUUGGGAGAUUUCCUGUCUUUGCUUGGGGUCGAGCAUUUAUUUUCGCGGGACUGUAGCGCGAUACAUCGCUUCGUCGCGCCCGCCUGACGCUGUGUGUGCGCUGCCGUUUUUUUAUUGGAUACUUCGGCGGGGAAGACAAUCACGAUGCUCGCCUGCUGCAAGGCCGACAGCACUCGGGGCCCGGCGGACCGUGUGGAAAAUUUACCCAAAAG